CACACUUCCCGGCCGAACAUGACGAGCGUCGCCGUCAGAGGAAGAGGCUGCACCCAUACGAAAGUGUGCAAAAAUUGUAAUGUUCCUCAUCAAAAUCACUCGAUUGUGGAGGAAAACCUCUUCAGCAUCCAGAACAGUCUCGGAAUCAGUGCAGAAUUCAAGUGUCCCUGCCGCACAAAGACCAAAGAACCCCAUAAAAUAUAUGCGUGGACACCUCCAGGCUUAUCGCCAGAAAAAGUGGAGGAAUAUUUCGCUCAGCUACCCAAUCAUAAAGUGCCCAGAUGGAAAUCUACCGGAGAGACGUACCGGGAAAAGCAGUUACAGUUUCAGCUUCCCAAGCAAGAUUUGGCUUCUGCGUACUGCCAGAACCUGCACAGGGACCACCUGAAGGCUUUCGAGGAUUUCGUCAACAUGAGAAACGAGAUGGCCCUGGACAUCGCCUACGUUCGGGAAUUCCUUGACCGCCAAAAUGAGUGCGGAAAUUGUGGAGGGACCAUGCAGAAGGGCGAUGUUGCUGUGAUCGCUCCCAAAUUCGGUGAAUCCGUGGCCUGGCAUCCGGCGUGUUUCGUGUGUUCCACGUGCGACGAGCUACUCGUGGACUUGACGCACUGCGUCAGGGACGGAAAACUGUAUUGCGAGAGGCACUUCGCGGAGAAAAUAAAGCCCAGGUGCUCGGGUUGUGACGAGCUAAUCUUCUCCGGCGAGUACACCCGCGGGAUGUCCAGGGACUGGCACUCAGGCCACUUCAGCUGCUGGCAGUGCGACGAAACCUUGAGUGGGCGGCGCUACGUGUUGCGCGACGACCAUCCCUACUGCAUCGACUGCUACGAACGACUCUUUUCUAACACCUGUGACGAGUGCGGGAAACUCAUCGGAAUCGACUCCAAGGAUCUGUCCUACAAAGAAAGGCAUUGGCACGAAAGCUGUUUCAUAUGUAACAAAUGCAGGUCCUCUCUUAUCGAUAAACCGUUCGGUUCCAAAUCCGAAAAGAUAUACUGCGCCAAUUGUUACGAUGCUGCAUUUGCUUCCAGAUGCGAUGGCUGCAAUCAAGUCUUUCGAGCAGGCACGAAGAAAAUGGAGUACAAGGGCCACCAGUGGCACGAGAAUUGCUUCACGUGUUCUGUGUGCCUGACACCGAUCGGAACCCGGAGCUUCAUCCCCCGGGAUGACGACAUCUACUGCAUCACCUGCUUCGAGGAGAAGUUUGCCACCAGGUGCACCAAGUGCCGGCGGAUCAUUAACGGGGGCGGCGUCACCUACCGCAAUGAGCCCUGGCACCGGGAGUGCUUCACGUGUUCGCACUGCGCCAUUUCCCUGGCGGGACAGCGCUUCACAUCCCGGGACGAGAAGCCCUACUGCGCCGACUGUUUCGGCAUCCUCUUUGCCAAGAAGUGCACCGCCUGCAACAAGCCCAUCACAGGCAUCGGAGGCACUAGAUUCAUUUCGUUUGAAGACCGCAACUGGCACAACGACUGCUUCAUGUGCGCCGAGUGUUGCUCUUCCCUGGUGGGCAAGGGCUUCCUGACGGACGGGCCGGACAUCUUGUGCCCGGAUUGCGCCAAGCGAAGGCUCAUCUAAUGAACUUUUGGCCUCGAUCUUAAACAAACUGUUUGUAAACUGCGUGGCGCAUAUUUUUCCCUUUUCAAAAAUCCAAGAAUCCCAAGAAGUCUUUCUUCUUAUUGUCUGGCGCAGUGCUGAUGAAAUCGGUUCAAAACAUUUAACUUAAAAGGGAUGACGAUAUUAAAUGAAACGUAAUUUCCUUACUGCCAAGUCACAUUUUACCGCAAUUACUGUUUUGUCCAGAGCUGAGUACCAAAUUCAAAAAUACCAUCGAUGGUACUGACUCUUGUAUUCAUUCGCUGUGUAGAAAUAGUUGAGAUUUACUGUUAUUAAUAUGCUCUGAAAAUAUUCAAAAAAAAAAAGAGAAAGAAAAUAAAUGUCAACUUCGCUGUUGGAACUGUAACUGUAAAUAGAAACAACAGAUUAAAUGCCUUAAGAUUGAUGCUGAGACAAAAUUUUGAAUUAUAAGUGUUAUAUCACUUAAGUUUCUUCGAUUGUGCAAACUCUUCACCCUUCUGUAUAACUUCUUUAUUUUUAAUCCUACAAAGUUAAUAAAGAUCAACGUCUAGUGAG